UUCAGGAGCUGUUUAUAAAUUGAGCCAUGGUUAAAUAUAUGAGGGAGCUAUUUGCAGAAAUCCCUUUACAAAACAUUUUCUCUACUUAGAAUGAAGUUAAUCUUUGCAUAACUUUUGUUAUUAAAAUGCAAAUGUUCGCCUGGCCCUGGCAUGCUGUAUAAAGAAAGCACAUCUGCACAUGAGGCUUAGUUCUGCCUUUGCGUGUGGUAUGUCUUCAGAGCAAGUAAAAAGUGAUUCUGAAGUAUAAGAUACCAAAAACUCAGAAAAGGAUCACAAGCCCUUUGGCUUCCUCCUUGGCUGGAGAAGAGUGUUGUUUUUAGCCUGGAAGGGGACAGAGGGGCUGAGGAAGGAGCAGCAGGGCCAAGAGGGGAACUCAGAGAGGAACUGUCCUUCCUGGAGGCUGAUCUUACUCACAGACCAGCAGGGGGCGCUGCUGGUGAGCCAGUUUUGUGGCUGUUGCCAGAGUGAAAUUUUAAAAAAUGAUCUAUGGCUGGGCACGGUAGUUCAUGCCUGUAAUCCCAUCACUUUUGGGAGACUGAGGUGCGUGGAUCACCUGAGGUCAGGAGUUCAAAACCAGCCUGGCCAACAUUGUGAAACCCCAGUCUCUACUAAAGAUACAAAAAAAUUAGCCAAGCUUGGUGGUGCGUGCCUGUAAUCCCAGCUACUUGGGAGGCUGAGGCAGGAGAAUUGCUUGAACUUGGGAGGCGGAGAUUGCAGUGAGCUGAGAUUGUGCCAUUGCACUCCAGCCUGGGCGACAAGAGUGAAACUCCGCCUUAAAAAAAAAAAGAAAAUCCUCCAGGGGCAGUUGGCCAGGGCAUUUUUUUUCACAUAAGGACUUAAGGGUGUCUCAGGGACCUGGGCAAUAGGGCAGGGUCCCCGUAUUGUCAUGAUCCUGACAUACAGCAUGGAAACUGAAGACAGGGUUCGAACCUGUGGCUGGCGCAGUCAUCUUCUUCCUAAGAAGUUGGGUCCACUUGAAAUGCUUCGGCGCAAUGGCAGAUUUACAGAAGGGAGAGGGCAUUUCAACGGUGCACUCACACAUUCCUUCCACCGCUACACGGGGACCCCUUGAAACCUGGAUGGGUAUUUCUGUGUGACAGAGGGCUGAGGAUGUCUGAGAGAGAUGGCAUGGGGAUGGGCCACAGGUGCUGGCGGAAUGAGGCCAGGAGCAGGCCCGGUGGCGAAGGGUGGCAUGACGUCAGCUGGUGAGAGUUUCCAAGGGGCACUGAGAGCCCCCAGGUGCAGCCGAUGCGGAGGGUUAAAGCCAGGGGAUGCCGUAUUGGGUAGAUGAGGCGAGGCUGAGAGGCACGGUAGAUGAGGCCACGGGGUGGUCCUGCCCGCACAGCAGCCGCCUCGUCCCCACCUCUCCAGCGCCUGCAGGCUCUGCCCACAGCCCACCUGCAGGAGGCCGCUUGAGCCCUGAGGUGGGGCCUGGGCUGGGCUCCUGCCCUCACAGCAGUGAACGCCCACAGGCUUGGCUGCGAGCUGGGGCCGGCAGGGGGACCCCUUCUCUGAAGCGCCAGCCGCAGAGAGAGCCCCCUGAACCCCACACCUCCCAGGAGGCAGCCGGGACCCGGUGUGGAGUGACGGGGAGGCGGCGGCUGGCGGCACACCAGCUGCCCGGAUGACGCCUGAAGGAGGCGCAGCCCCGCGGAGCCGGCUCCCCGGGCUUGGAGCUUCCGCGGGGGCGGAGGAUGUCGUCCAAGGGGAGGAAGAAUGGGGGUGGCCCGAGGGAGCCCAAGUGGAGUCCAAGGGCCGUGGGUGGUGGAGCCGGGCCUCCGGGGCUCCAGGGCUCUCAGGCCGUCCUUCCCAGCCAGGGGGCCUCCUCAGGCGGAGACAGAAGCAGAAGCCUGGGGGCCGCCCUCCGCCCCUCCCGGAGGCCCGACCCUCUCCUGCGCGGGCGCUGCCCCCGGCCCUCCAGCCGAGCCCCAUCAGCUCGCCAACUCCGCAGGCCAGCCCGGCGGCGCCAUCUGGUGGUCGCCGGGCGUCGCGCCUCCAGCCGGGUCUGUCCGCGGCAGAGAUGCUGGGCGUGGGAACCGGCAAGUCCUGGAAACCGCUUAGGGCCGGUCAGGGAGGGCAGUUCCAGGCCUGCUGGAGGGCAGGCCGCCUGCUGCGCGCUUCUAAUCCGGCCCCGAUUGCCUUUCCCAAUGCAUACAUUCAUCUGCUGCUCUUACAUCCUGCCACGUGGAGAGUGGGAAGGGAAUUGAGGCCAAAGCCCUUGUUUUCACGUGUUUUGGGAUCCUGUUGAGUAGGAGUUUGCUGGGGGCGCCCGUGCAGGACCCCCUUGAGGGCAGUUGGGGAGGCACAUGAGGAGCAGGACAGCGCAUAAGGAGGGCUCACACAGCUCAGCCUGGCGGGAGGCCCCGCUGUGGGCUGAGGCGUCACCGAGGCCGCCAAGAGCCCUGCCGCGCUCCCAGGGCUGCACAGCUGCCAGCCUGCUUGGCGAGCUCCGGGAGCUCAGUACAGCCCUCACCUCCCACUGUCUCCUGUCUGCGCACCAGCAGGCGGCCGGCCAGGCCCUGAGUGCUGUUUCAAUGUCCAGGCCUCUGCCAUGUCAGAGUCAGUGAUGUCCACUGAAGCAGCUCAGCGGAAGUAGAAAGAAGUGACGUGCUCCAUGGGGCCUGUGUGGAGUCCCAGGUCUCAUGUCUUGCAGGCCCGGCCUGGCACAGCCACACAUCCCUAGAAGAGCAGCCAGGCACACCCUCUGCCUCCAGUGGGCACUGGGUUCUGUUGCUACCGAUAAAUACAUGCAGGGUAGACAACUAGCAGCACGAUGCUCCUGGAAAACACACUGAAAGUCCAUUUUCGGCAUCAGAUGAGUGGAAAGGAAAUACAGAUGGGGUCGGGUGUAGUGGCUCACACUUGCAAUGCCAACACUUUGGGAGGCCAAGGCAGGAGGAUCACUAAUGUCCAGGAGUUUGAGACCAGCCUGGGCAAUAUGGCAAGACCCCUACCUCUACAAGAAAACUUUUUUUAAUUAGCUGGAUGUGGUUGUGCUCACCUACAUUCCCACUCCAGUCUAGGCAACAGAGCCAGACCUCAUCGCAAAAGAAAAAGAAAGCAACAAAAAUAUGACAUGUAGUAAAUAAUUCAUUGUUGUCCCAGACUUUCUUUGAAACAGCUUUGACCUGGAGCAUCUGGGCCAUGCCACAGCUUAGGCAGGGACAGUCAGGAGCAGACCCUUUGGGGUUCAGGGCAACACUGGGGUUUGCUCACGAUGGAGUGCUGGUGGGAGACAGCCUUCAUCAGAUGAGAGAGGGCCCCCAGUUUCUUUCUUGUUCUAAGCCCGAGCAAGGGCCCCCUUGAAGGCUUACGGGUGCAUCCUGCACCUAGCCCUGCCACAGCCCCUGCUGAGGAGGCUGCGGGGAGCCUGUGCCACGUGCCUGUCUCCAGCGGGUCUGCCC